AUGGCCGUACCUUACCUCGUUAGUGCCAACCCCGUUAGUUCUUAUCGCGCAGUCAGCAGGGUGAUGAAUAUCGUGCCUGUGCCGGUGCCCGUACCCGUGUUCCUACCGGUGCCCAUGUCGGUGCCCGUACCCGUGUUCCUACCGGUGCCCAUGUCGGUGCCCGUGCCCGUGCCCGUGCCCGUGCCGGUGCCCAUGUCGGUGCCCGUGCCCGUGCCCGUGCCGGUGGCCAUGUCGGUGCCCGUGGCCGUGCCGCUGGCGAAGGAGGAGCAAAUGGCGAUUCUCGCCCGCUUGGAACUGGCGGCCACAGCCCAUGCAGAGCUGGCACUCAUCGCCGCCAUGCCGCAGGUACCCCUUGAUCUUAAGGAACGCCUGGUCCUGCUGUACAACACCGUCAGCAGCUCAAUAACGCCCUUCACGGCGAACAUCUCCGCAUCCGUCAGCAACCCCAGCCACUCAGCUGCACCCACCUACGACAGCAGCAACACCACUCCGGUGACACCAAGGGCACGCAGCACGACACCGCGUCAUACCGGCGCCGCCGGUGGGGCCCCUCUAGGCGGCAACAACGGCUCCCUCGUACUGCCGUAUGCACGUGCACUGGUCGGCAACCAUGUGUACAUUCCAGGCAUGUCUGCCAGCGCCGCACGCGCAGGCGGCAGCACGGCUGCUGGAACCUCCGGUGCAUCGCACCUUUUAGGUGAUUGUGGGGGCGGGAGCGCCGCCAGCGGCAACGGUGGGGCCAGCAGCAGCGCUCGCGGGCCCAGGACGGCCCCGCGGCCCUUCAGCGCCAUCCGGGGUGGGGAUACGGAUGCAGGGCCCCGGGUGAACCAGCCGAUGCAGACUCAGCAGCAGGAAACGGGCCUGGGGAUAACCGCAGCGGAAAUAGCAGGCAUGGAGAGUCUAACCGCCGCAUUCGCGAGGUAUGACUCGUACACAGGGACUGGUGACUCUGCUUGGGCUACAUCCCCCCAGAUGGCCGACCCCGGGCAUCAGUCCUGA